UUGAUCUCAAAGCAUUGGCAGCAGAAUCACACCCAUGACGAGUAUUGGUUCCAAAGUACGUCUGGCAGCUCCUUCCAUAGACCCUGUUGUGUCUGACUACACCAUUGGCUAUAUCCAGCAUGUCUCCAACAGCACCACUGACAGUGUUGCAUCCCAACAAUUGGAUAUCAAAGCUGAAUUAUCUUUUGUCAACGAUCUUCUAGUCAGUGCUGGGGGAAACCCCAAGAAAGUGUCCCAGCUUAUAUCGAGUCUAUCUGCCGAUCUAGAGACACAAUUAAAGGAUAACGCAGAAAAAUUGAAUCUCACCGGUGACACCUCAAAGAGACUAUUAGACAUCAAUUUACUAAAUAGUCACACUAGAAAGGUCAACAACUCAAUGGCCCUUAUGGGUGCCACAAGAGAUAUUGAACACACUGGAAGAAAAAUAGAAACUAGAGUCGAUAAGAAAAAAUUAGAAAAAGCUGAAAGAAAAAUUGCUAAAAAAGUCGCUAAAAGAGACAACAAAUUUGUUAAAUACGAAGCCUCCAAAUUGUUAAACGAAACCCAAGAUGAAAACUACGACGAAUUUUUCCUCAAAAUCAACCCCAUCGACUUUGGUUCUGGUGCCGGUAAAUCAAAAGAUAUUAAAAUUGAAGACUUUGAUUUAUAUGUCGGUGCAGGCCAAAGAAUCCUUUCCAAUGCUACUUUAACUCUAAGUUAUGGCCGUAGAUAUGGGUUGGUAGGUCAAAAUGGUAUCGGUAAAUCAACCCUUUUAAGAGCUUUAUCAAAGAGAGAACUAAAUGUCCCCAAACAUAUAAGUAUCCUACAUGUCGAACAAGAAUUAAGAGGUGAUGAAACAACUGCCCUACAAUCCGUUCUUGAUGCCGAUGUUUGGAGAAAGCAAUUACUAUUUGAAGAAAAAAAAAUUAACGACAGAUUAAAUGAAAUUGAAUCUCUAAGAAACGAAUUCCAUGAAGACUCACUAGAAGUUAAAAAACUAGACAACGAAUCAGGCGAUUUACAAUCCCACUUGGAAGAAAUCUUUGAAAAACUAGAAGAAAUGGAAAGUUCAAAAGCUGAAGGUAGAGCUGCCUCAAUUUUAUUCGGUUUAGGCUUUUCAACUGAAUCUCAUUCAAAACCAACAAAUUCUUUCUCCGGUGGUUGGAGAAUGCGUUUAGCUCUUGCAAGAGCUUUAUUUUGUAAACCGGAUUUGUUAUUGCUUGAUGAACCUUCCAAUAUGUUGGAUGUUCCUUCCAUCACUUACUUGGCCAACUAUCUUCAAUCUUAUCCCUCAACUGUUUUAGUUGUCUCUCAUGAUCGUUCAUUUUUAAACGAUGUUGCAACUGAUAUCAUUCACCAGCACUCAGAAAGACUAGAUUACUAUAGAGGUGCAAACUUUGAUUCCUUUUACGCAACUAAAGAAGAAAGAAUGAAAAAUGCAAAAAGAGAAUACGAAAAUCAAAUGGCCUAUAGAAAACAUUUGCAAGAAUUUAUUGACAAAUUUAGAUACAACGCUGCUAAAUCUUCUGAAGCUCAAUCUAGAAUUAAAAAAUUGGAAAAAUUACCUAUAUUAGAGGCUCCGGAAGAAGAUAAAACAAUAACUUUCAAAUUCCCUGACCCGGAAAAAUUAUCUCCUCCAAUUCUUCAAUUACAAAAUAUCACUUUUGGUUACUCAAAGGACAAUUUAUUGCUAAAAAAUGUGGAUUUUGACGUUCAAUUGGAUUCAAGAAUUGCAUUAGUGGGUGCUAACGGUUGUGGUAAAACUACUCUAUUGAAAAUUUUAAUGCAGCAAUUAGACCCAAUAGAUGGUAUUAUCAGUAAAAAUCCAAGAUUAAGAAUAGGUUAUUUUGCUCAACAUCAUGUCGACUCAAUGGACUUAAAUUUAUCAGCUGUAGCUUGGAUGGCUCAAAAAUUCCCCGGCAAAAAUGAUGAAGAAUAUAGACGUCAUUUGGGUUCAUUUGGUAUAACUGGUACGUUAGGUUUACAAAAAAUGGAAUUAUUAUCUGGUGGUCAAAAAUCAAGAGUGGCAUUCGCUGCUCUAUGUAUGAAUGAACCUCAUGUUUUAAUUUUAGAUGAACCUUCAAAUCACUUAGAUACUUCCGGUCUAGAUGCUUUAGCUGAUGCCCUAGAUAAAUUUAAAGGUGGUGUGCUUAUGGUUUCGCAUGAUGUUUUCGUCAUUGAUAAAGUAUGUAACCAAAUUUGGGUUAGUGAAGAUGGUAUUGUCAGUAAAUUUGGUGGCUCGAUCUUUGAUUAUAAGAGAUACAUUUUAUCUGAAGCUGAUUCAAAGGGUGUUGUGAAAAAACAAUAGAUCCGCUAUUAUAUAUGUAUUUUAUGAGUCUAU